UCUGCGGAAGUCUUGUUCGUUCCUCCAAGAGGUAUCACCGUAAUUGCCGACCUAGAUGACGCACUGCGAGUGACGGACACAUGGAACGUGAAGCAGACACUCUUGAACGUUUUCGUUCGUCCGUUCAAACCAUGGAGAAACAUGCCAGAAGUAUUGUGGGAUCUCAAGAGACGCAUCGAGGCUGAAGGCCAGAACGUCCACUUCCAUUAUCUGACAGACGCUCCCGAGGCCAUAUCCAGCUCUUACACCAAUCACAUCUUCGACAUGUAUCCCAAAGGCUCGUUUGACUUUCGUCCGAUGAACUUCACCAAGACCGGCGAGAUGAUAAAUGCCCGCAAACACAAUAUCAGGAGACUCAUGGAGAGCUUUCCUGGGCGAAGAUUCAUCUCAAUAUACGACACCAACACCAACAUGAAAAGGUUCCCAGAGGCUUUGGACGACUUCUAUCCUCGCAUUCAAUGCCUCCUCAUCCGAGACAUUUCGGCUACUGAAAGGUCCAACUGGGUCACCCCUGACACUCGCCGCUAUAUCGAUCUUGAUGAUACAGAAUACCUCUUCUUUCGCAUCCCAGAUGACCUCAAACGACUU